CACAGGGACGCGCGGUCCGGGAUGCGAGUGCUGCCCUUCGAAUCGCUUCGACCAACCAGCGUGAGGUCACACUUUUUGAUUUGAUCCCUGUCGGCCCCAGGAGACGACCACCACCAAGACAACCCACCACCACCACCAUCACCACCACCAUCUCCACCCCUUCCGGCUUCCGGAGGGCAAACACAUUGGAGAAAUCGCGACGACAGCGCGAGGCACCGACACUGCCAUGAUGCUCCUUUGGUGAUCCAACCACCAACGUGACGCCAAUCCGCCUUCGCAGCACCCACACGCCUACCUGUGUAGUCCCGUCGCAUCCCUCGAAGUCGCAAUUGUCGUUGUUGUCAUCGUCAUUGCCGUAGUCGUCCUCACCGCCGCCGCCGCCGUCGCCACGAUGGGCCUGGGCGUUCUCGAGGACCGGGCCAUGGCCCACGUUCCAGGGACAACGAGGUACUUCGACGACCCCGAGAGGCCGCAGUACGCGGCCAACGGCGCCGAGGGCCUCAAGUGCGACACCAGCGGGCCGGUGCCCAUCAUCCUGGUGCCGCAGCCGUCCGACGACCCGAACGACCCGCUGAACUGGCCGCUGUGGAAGCGCGAUCUGAUCACCUUCAUGCUCUCCAUGACCGCCAUCUUCGCGACCUGCCUGGGGCCCAUCCUCGCCGCCAACACCCUGACGCUGACCUUCGACUUCAGCAUCCCCUUCACCAAGGUUGCCGCCCUGACCGGUUGGUACCUGCUGGGUGUCGGCCUCGCCGCCUUCGUCUUCGUGCCCUCGGGCCGCAUCUGGGGCAAGCGCCACCUGUUCGUCCUCGGCACGAUCCUGCUCGUUGCCACGUCCGCCUGGGGCGGCGCGUCGCGGCACCACUACACCAGCAUGGUGUGGUCGCGCGUCUUCCAGGGCGUCGCGACCGCCCCGUUCGAGUCGCUCGUCAAUGCUGCCGUGGGAGACCUGUAUUGUGUGCAUCAACGCGGUAUCCGUAUGGCCUUCACCAACCUGGCCGUCUUCGGAGGCGCCUUCUUCACCCCCAUCCUGGUCGGCAAGAUCACCGACGCGAUCGGCUGGUGGUGGACCUUCUACCUCGUCGCUAUCUUCUGCGGCGUGUGCAUCCCAAUUGUCUUCUUUUUCUGUCCGGAGACAGCCUACCGCCGUGACACGGCGCUCAACCUCGACUUGCUGGGCACGGACAAGCCCACUACGGAACAGCCCAGGGGCUCUGUGACGGACGACGCGGAGAAGUCGGGCGGCAGCACGCAAGGUAUCAACGGAGCUGCCGACGCAUCCGCGGCGACCGCGGCGCGGCCGGUCCCGCCAAAGGCAACCUACUUGCAGUCGCUGGCCCUCUUCAACGGCCGCAAGACCGACGAGCAGUUCUGGAAGCUGCUGCUGCGGCCCCUGCCGCUGUUCCUGCAGCCCGCCUUCCUCUGGGCCUGUCUCACCCAGGGCCUGCUCAUCGGCUGGACCGUCUUCAUCGGCGUCAUCAUGGCCCAGUUCUUCCUCUCCACGCCGCUCUGGUGGACCGAGGUCCAGACGGGCUACGCGUACACGGCCGCCUUCAUCGGCGCCAUCAUCGGCUUCGUCGUCGCCGGCGUGCUGUCCGACUGGACCGCCCGCUACAUGACCAAGUGGAACAACGGGGUCUACGAGCCCGAGUUCCGCAUCGUGCUCGUCAUCCCCCAGCUGAUGUUUGGCUGCGCCGGCCUGUACGGCUGGGGCAUCACCGUCGACGGGCUCCUGUACAACAAGUACAACUACGCCGUCCCGCUGACCUUCUUCGCCCUCGAGGUCGCCGGCAUGGUGAUCGGCGCCGUCGCGAGCUCCCUGUACAUUGUCGAUGCCUACCGCGGCCUUGCCAUCGAGGGCUUCACCUGCAUGAUCAUCUUCAAAAACGUCUUCAGCUUCGGCCUGACGCUCAGGGCAUUCGAUUGGCUGGUUGAGACGCAGACCAAGGCGAGGCCGCUGUUCAACGUUGUCGCUUCCGUGCAGCUGGUGGUCUGCCUGCUCAGCAUCCCGAUGUAUAUCUUCGGCAAGCGGAUCCGCAGCUUUUUCCACCGCCAUGACUUGCUGGCGUUGUUCAAGGUCCGGUAAUGAUAGCCCUUUGGGCACACCUUUUAGAUUUAUCGUUUUGGUUUUAUAUUAAGUCUCGUCCCGUCGCUGGAUCUCAUGGGGGAGUCACGUCCAGGUUGCUUUCGCGUCUGUCACAGGGGCAGAUACAUAGAUAUAAUCUUCGGCUGUCGAGUCCGUCAUCUCGAACCGUAAUGGGUUGCAUUCUGAUGACGCACACGGAAUAACACC